UGUGGAGACGGUACAUGCAUAGAGAAAUCGCUCGCAUGCGAUCGAAAAUACGACUGCUCAGACGGGACUGACGAGACCGAAUGUGAUUACUUCAAAGAGGCGAUGUCUCGUCGACGACAAGAGGAGCGUGGAGAGGAGCAGACGCCUCGAGCAGAUGAAAGUGGACGGGAUGAAGAGGAAAUGAGACGACAGGCAGAAGAGCUCCGACGGAGAGAGGAACAUGAACGACGUCGAGAAGAAGAGGAACGAAGGCGUGAAGAGGAGCUCCGUAGACGAGAGAUGAUGGAGCAGAGACGACAGGAAGAGGAGCGUAGACGUGAAGAGGAGCAACGAAGACGUGGAGGGGAUGACCGUCAACGUGAAGAAGAAGUACGGAGGCGUGAAGAAGAGAUACGACGACGUGAACAGGAGGAACGUAGACGUGAAGAAGAGGAACGCAGACGUGAAGAGGAAGAACGACGGCGAGAGGAGGAAGAGCGCAGACGUGAGGAGGAGGAACGCAGACGAGAGUUGAUAGAGCAGCAAAGACGUGAAGAAGAGGAACGUAGGCGAGGCGGAGAAGGCGAUUAUCGUGAAGAGGAGGCACGAAGACGUGAAGAGGAGGAGCGUAGACGUUUGGAGGAGGAACAACGUCGGCAGCAGGAACAAGCACGAAGAGAAGAGGAAUUGGCUCGACGAGAAGAAGCUCAGCGUAGAGAGGAACACGAGCGUCGUCUCCAGCUGGAAGCGAAACGUCGUCAAGAAGAGGAGGAGCGACGUCGCGAAGAAGAAAGGCGCAGAUAUCAGGUA